GACAGUAUUACACCCUAAAAUCAUGCUGUCUUGAAGUGUUUCACUUCCUGUAUUUUUAUUUUCCUGAUUCAGUUGCCGCUGUCGCUGUGAAGCUCUUCAACUCUGCUCUCCAUCAGCGUAUCACUCCACAGGACGAGGGACUUCUUUACCUGCAAAUGGCCGCCCAGUGGCUGAGCUGCAGUACUGCAGUGUUCCUGCUCUUGGUUCACAUCACUCCAGUUGUCACACAGUGCGGGGGAACCCCAGGGAUCCCUGGAAUACCAGGCACCCAUGGGCCCAACGGCAUGGACGGUCCCAAGGGAGAGAAGGGAGACCCUGGUGAGGCAGGUCAGCCUGUCAGGGGCCAGAAGGGGUUCCCUGGUAUGUCUGGUCCCCCAGGACGGCCGGGGCUGAAGGGGGACGUGGGUCUUCCGGGGCCUCCCGGUCAUCCAGGCCGGAAAGGGGAGAAGGGGAGACCCUUCAACCCCUCCAACCAGCAGAAAUCCUUCUUUUCCUACAAACGGAUGUUAUCCCAGGCGCCAGAGAUGGACACCCCCAUGAACUUCAACGGAGAGAUUUUGGGUGACCUGGGUGAACAGUUUCGAGGAGAAUCGCUAACAAACGGGACGUUCACAUGUGUCACCAAAGGGAUUUAUUUCUUCAGUUAUCACGUUUCAGCAAAGACCAGAGUGUGUCUGAAGCUGGUGAAGGGCACUGAAAGUACCUUGGCACUGUGUGACUCAUCUGAGGGUUUCCUGGUCACCUCUGGCUCGGCAGUCCUGCAGCUGGAGGCCGGAGACACGGUCUCUCUGCAGGCAACCAAGUACAACACCAUUGUGACGAGCCAGAGCAGCACCAGCCACACUUUUACCGGCUUCCUGAUCUUUCCAACCGCCUAGAGCCCCCGACAUCUGAGCCAUAAAAUCACUUUAAGUACAUCACAGUUUGGGGGGACAUUAACAGCAAUUGAAUGAUAUAUGUUUUUUCAUUAAUAGUGAGAAGAUCAGCACAGUGAAAAAAGGUUUGGCUCAACAGUGGCCCUGCUGCCUUAAAAGACCAUUCCAGUGUUUUGCUUUAACUACAAAUAGUGUGUACUUUACAAAACUGAUUUUCCAAACUUUCAUUUUAGCUAUCUUUCCAAUAAUGUUUUCUUUUCUUUUUUCUCAGUACAACACAUUCAUCACAGUGAACAAUUCACCACAUUAAUCCAUUUUUUUUUUU